UCCCAAUAGCGCAACGCAUCAUUUCUCUAUCAAAUUAAACACACAUACACAUUUGCAUUCACUUUUUUCUAUCACACAUUUCAUCGGAAAACACACACAGUCACAGUAAUCGCCGAUGGGGAGUUCACCUGAGACGGAGCAUGCUGUUAAGGCCUUGGGCUACGCCGCCAGAGACACUUCUGGCGUACUCUCCCCCAUUAACUUCUCCCGGAGGGAAACAGGGGAUGAAGACGUGAGGUUCAAAGUGUUGUACUGUGGAGUCUGUCACUCUGAUCUUCACUCUGUCAGGAAUGAAUGGCACAACGCCAAGUAUCCCAUGAUCCCUGGACAUGAGAUUGUGGGUGUGGUGACUGAAGUGGGCAGCAAGGUCAAAAAAGUCAAAGUAGGAGACAAAGUGGGGGUGGGUUGUAUGGUUGGGUGUUGCCAUUCAUGCGAUCAAUGUGGUGCAGAUCAAGAGCAAUACUGCCCAAAAAUGGUACAAACCUACAAUGACUCUUCUAUGGUAACCUACGGUGGUUACUCUGACCACAUGGUAGCCAACGAACACUUCAUCGUCACAUGGCCCAAAGACUACCCACUUGAUGGUGGUGCACCUCUUCUGUGUGCUGGAAUCACUGUUUACAGCCCAAUCCGAUACUAUGGGCUCGAUAAGCCUGGAAUGCAUGUUGGUGUGGUUGGGCUUGGUGGGUUGGGUCAUGUAGCUGUUAAGUUUCUUAAAGCUCUUGGUGUUAAGGUUACUGUGAUCAGCACCAGUCCCAAGAAAAAAGAAGAAGCUAUUAAUACUUUUGGUGCUGAUUCUUUCCUGGUGAGUCGUGAUCAAGCCCAGAUGCAGGGUGGUGUGGGUUCUAUGGAUGGAAUUAUUGACACUGUUUCUGCUGAUCAUCCUCUUGUGCCUUUGAUUGCUCUGUUAAAGCCUAAUGGUAAACUGGUUUUGGUUGGUGGUCCAACCAAGCCGUAUGAGCUACCUGCUUUUCCUUUGCUUUUUGGUAGGAAGAUGGUGGGAGGAAGUUUGAUAGGAGGGAUAAAGGAGACACAAGAGAUGAUUGAAUUUGCAGCAAAACAUAAUAUAACGGCAGCGAUUGAACUCAUUCCCAUUGAAUAUAUCAACACUGCAAUGGAGCGUCUUGCAAAAGCUGAUGUCCGUUAUCGCUUUGUUAUUGAUAUUGGCAACACAUUAAAAGCAGCAUAAUAAUUGUAGUGAUUGUGGUUUGAGUUUUGAGUUUGAGACUUUCGGUCAGUGGUAUAUUAUGACCAUUUUCUAUUUUCUUGUUAUGGAGAAAUUAUUAAUAUCAGUAAAAUAUUAUAAAUUAUAAAUUAUAAAUUUGUGUGAUAUGUAACAACUAACCCCCAGGUUGUCUCCGGUG